UUAAUAUUUCCUGGUCUGUAGUAGGAGGACAAAUCACUAGAGAACAAUUUUGAAGAGUCCUUGGCCAUUAACAGUGUCAAGGAUUGGUUUCAGAUCUCAGCUCAGAUGAGGAGGAAGGAGAUUGAUGAGGCUAGGCAGAGACAAACAUGGUCUUCAAGUUCCGUACUCCAAGUUUUUCCAGAAACAGCAGUCCUGAUACAGGGAAGAGGAUUCCCCUGAGUCAGCUUCGGGUGGCAACCCAUAACUUUAGCCCCAACAACAUCUUGGGUAUGGGUGGAUUUGGCUCAGUCUACAGAGGACGCCUCCCGGGCGGUUCCUAUGUCGCGGUAAAGAGGCUAAGCAAGCAUGCCUUACAUGGGUUGAAACAGUACAACACGGAGAUUGAAGUGGCGGACUCCGGCGCAGCUCGGCAUCCCAACCUCCUUCCUCUGUUGGGGUAUUGUUCCGAGGGUGAAGAGCGCCUACUUAUCUAUCCCUUGAUGGCGAACAACGACCUGGCAUCUCACCUUGGGAGAAGGUCAGGGACCCUCGACUGGGCAAAACGAAAAGGAAUAGCAAUCGGAGCUGCAAGAGGGCUUGCCCAUCUGCACGAAGGAUGCAGUCCCGCGAUCAUUCACCGUGAUGUGAACUCAUCCAACAUAUUGCUUGAUAGGGACUUCAAGCCUUUUCUGGGAGACUUUGGGUUGGCUCGGAUCAUGCACGAGGAGGAUCUCGUGUAUGGGACUAUUGAGUGGCCUGACCCCAACUCUAGCCCCUCAACAUAUCACCGGUACAAGGAUACCUAUGUCUAUACGGCUGUAAGAGGUGCUAUGAACUCUAUUGCCCUUGACUACUUCUUCACAGGAAAGUGCACGCAGAAGAGCGACGUCUUUGCUUUCGGGAACCUGCUUCUCGAGAUCGUCACUGGGAAGACAGAUAAGCGCACCACUUUAGUUGACUGGGUAAGGGGAGUCAUAGAUGGGGGCAACUGGGGAAGGGUGGUUGAUCCCAAUUUGCGAGGACACUACGAUGAAGGUGAAGCCAAACGACUAGUCCAACUGGGACUAGUGUGCUCAGAUAUUAACCCAGAAUUGCGACCGAAGAUGUCCCAAGUGGUGGAAAUGCUUGAAGGUGAAACCUUGGGGUUCUACCAUCAGAGGAGUUGGGGCAGCAAUGACUCCACUCCUUAUUACUCCUUCCCUCCCUCUCCUGCUGAACCGGCUCGUUCUUGAUGGUACGGAGAUCGAGCAUUAUCUGUCUUACAAAUUAUGCUAGCUCUGCUCUUAACACUGUCUUCUGUAUGCUGGUCCUUGCUUUCCUUUUACAAAACCAAGAAAACUUUAUUCGUCAAUCAUACAAGAAACCGAGAUCAUAGUCUGUCGAGGGUGUGGUAAAUGAAAAUGGCCACCAAAAUAAAUCAAACCAUAGCCAAAACCUUCUCGGGAACUGCCUAGGACCAUGCUAGUCCAAAAUCUUAAAUAUUCCGAGAACCUAAAUGGGAGAAACUACAAUCAGCGGUUCCUCCACCUCUCUUGGUCCGUUAUUGAUACAUGUAUGGGGGUGAGCCCUAACAGACAGUUGAUAGGUUGGAGCACACGGAACCCCUUUCGCCCAUUUAUGUAAAUAUAUGUUGCACCCAUGAGCAGCUUCAUUGGGAAGAGCGAUGGAGCAGAGUGGGGUCAGAAAGGCUUGAACAUGAGGAUUCGUUAAAAUAUCAAACGUGAAGAGGUUUCAUCAGCAUGGAUCCCUCUACAUAUAUUACUCCCAGGCUAUCUUCCAGGGGAAGCUGAAGUUGAGGGUGUGGCUAUUGUUUCUACUUAUCGGUAUCCGUCACUGUCUAAGAAACUACGAGACAAUGAGGGCGAAGCAGCCAGUUGCGGUUCCACCGCUGAUGAGCUGGAAAAACCGACUCGAGUCCUCACUUUCCCUCCCCUCUCUUUGCAACCGAACGUGCUCACUUGCAGCUCUGAAGCUUUUGGUCUUAUUCUGAUUUUUUUUGGUAGGCUUGCUUUCAGACUUCAUCUAUCUUUUAAGGAUCUUACCUCUGCUUUGUUAAAUUGAAGAUCAUCUGACACCAACAUAUUUAUCGAAUGAAGAGGAGGAGAUCUAGGUGUACUUUCUAUCUUGUAAUUGGUUCCGGUGCAGAAAAUGGUUAGACGAAAAGCAUUUUGUCA